AUGGAGCACGAAAAAACAGUCGAUACCACAGCUUCUGAAACCUAUCCACCACAAGUAGCAUCCCUCAAAAAAGGAGACUACUGCGUCCUCAGAGGGCACUUAGCUAAAAUUAUGGAAAUAGAAAUAUAUAUCGGAAGCCAUGGCCCAGCCAGAACCGUAAUUAAAGGAAUUGAUGUCUUCACGGGGUAUAAACAUAAAGAAACCUACUCGGUCCCACAUAACAUUGACUCCCUAAACAUUACAAGAAUUGAUUACACCCUUUGCGAUAUAGCUAGAGAUGGGUUCGUCUCGUUGAUGGAUGAAAAAGGAAACAUAAAGGAAGAUUUACGCCUUCCUAAUACCGAAGAAGGAGCUAUAAUUCGCUCUUUGUUCGAAGCAGGACAAACUGUGAGUGUUACUGUUAUGAAGGCUAUAGGACAGGAAUGAAUCAUGGCUGGUAAAGAAAUUUAA